AUGCCCGGGGAGGCUGCCCGCGCCGAGCUGCUGCUGCCGGAGGCGGGCGGGCCGGGACCCCGCACAGAUCUGUCCUGUGAUGCGGCUGAGGCUACCACCCCAAAGGGGGACCGGCUGGAGCACUGUGCCCCGACAUCUGGGCCCAGCGCCCUGGCUCUCACGUUCCUGCACGGCAAGCCUGGUGCCCGGCCCCCGCCUGAGGGAGCCAGCUGGGAUGCAGGGCCGGGCCGCGCCCCCUCAGCCUGGGCAGUCCAGGCAGAGGGCGGCCCCAGUCCAGGGCCCACUGAGGUUCGGCCUGCUGAAGGUCCUCUCCCAGCCUCCCUGGAGCCCCGGAUUGUCAUGGGCGAGGAGACGUGCCAGGCAGCCCUGCUGCCCAGGGCAACCAUGCCGGAGCUCAGGGACUGGGAGGGUGGGCAUGCUAAUCUGAACCCACCCCCCGAGUUGUGUUCUCAGGGUGACCCUCCUGUGCCUUUCCCUGCCCCAGACUCCGAUUCCUACUUCACGCCUCCCUCCACCCCCACCAAGACAGCCUCCACCCUGCUCCCUGGCCCCGGGCCCCACAGGGACACCCAGGAUGCCCAGGCUGAGCUGGGGGUCUCACCGCCAGCCUCGCCCACUGGCUCGUACAUCACGGCAGAUGGGGACAGCUGGGCCUCAUCCCCAUCCUGCUCCCUGAGCCUUCAGGCCCUGGCCGAAGGGCUGGAUGUGCCCUCGGGCUGGGGCUUCUCUCCACCCGGCUCUGUGGUCGAUGAGAGGGAGCUGCCCCCUGCAGGGACCCCGGAUGGCUCGUCCCCAGAGUCCAGCCUCUCAGCAGACAGCAGCUCUUCCUGGGGCCAGGAGGGCCACUUCUUCGAGCUGGACUUCUUGGCCAAUGACCCAAUGAUCCCUGCUUACCUCCUGCCCUUCCAGGGCAGCCUGAUUUUCCAGGUGGAGGCGGUGGAGGUGACACCCCUGCCCCACGAGGAGGAGGAAGUGGAGGAGGAGCAGCAAGAAGAGGAGCAGGAGGUCCCCCUCCCCAGAGGUGAUCUAGCCGGGGAGGGCGAGGAUGAUAGCACAUUCGCAUCCUCCCUGCAGUCGCUGUCUGACCUGUCCAUCACCGAGGGCAUGGACGAGGCCUUCGCCUUCCGGGAUGACACCUCAGCUGCCUCCUCUGACCCCGACUCGGCCUCCUACACGGGGGCUGAUGAUGAGAGGCUGUACAGCGGAGAGCCCCACGCACAGCCCGCCACACUGCUCCAGGACAGCCCUGGGGAGGCUGCCUCCUGGGGCCCAGAGCUCACUCUUGGGGUGUCCAAGGGAGAGGCUGGCCAGGCUGCCAAGAGUCAGGAACCCAUCUCCGAGAUAACGAGGGUAGGUCCCGCUGCAGCCCAGGUGUCUUCUGCUAUGGCCCUUCACAUCUCACAGGAAUCUCUGGACCACACUGGGAUGAGCCCUCAGGCCCAGGGAGAAGAGCCAGGCUCCACCAUGGGACCAGUACCUGUUGCCCCAGUCACAUCUCAGCCCCUGCAGGAGGGAGAUACUGCUACUUUAGGCCCAGAGCCCUGGAUUUCGAAGGGAGAAGCAGACCUCAACUGUCUACAAACCCUGAAGGAACACACAGGCCAGGGGUUUGCCACUGCAACCAGCCCUGAACCCCAGCCAGAAGUGGAUCCAGCAGCAUUCCCACCCCUGCAGGAUGCAGGUAUCCCCUGGAUCCAGGAAUCUGCCUCUGAGACCUGCCUUGAGCCCCAGUUGGAAGAAGAAGGCCUAACAGCAUCCUCACCCCUGCAGGAUGCAGGUAUCCCCUGGAUCCAGGAAUCUGCCUCUGAGACCUGCCUUGAGCCCCAGUUGGAAGAAGAAGGCCUGACAGCAUCCUCACCCCUGCAGGAUGCAGGUAUCCCCUGGAUCCAGGAAUCUGCCUCUGAGACCAGCCUUGAGCCCCAGUUGGAAGAAGAAGGCCUGACAGCAUCCUCACCCCUGCAGGAUGCAAGUCUCCCCUUGGUCCAGGGAUCUGCCUCUGAAGCUAGCCCAGAGCCCCAGUCAGAAGAAGAUCUGACAGCAUCCUCAACCUCACAGGAUGCAGGUCUCCCCUUGGUCCAGGGAUCUGCCUCUGAGGCCUGCCCUGAGCCCCAAUCAGAAGAAGAAGAUCUAACAGCAUCCUCACCUCUGCAGGAUGCAGGUCUCCCCUUGGUCCAGGGAUCUGCCUCUGAGGCCAGCCUGGAGCCCCAGUCAGAGGAAGAUCUGACAGCAUCCUUACCCCUGAAGGAUGAAGGUCUCCCCUUGGUCCAGGGAUCUGCCUCUGAGGCCAGCCUGGAGCCCCAGUCAGAGGAAGAUCUGACAGCAUCCUUACCCCUGAAGGAUGAAGGUCUCCCCUUGGUCCAGGGAUCUGCCUCUGAGGCCAGCCUGGAGCCCCAGUCAGAGGAAGAUCUGACAGCAUCCUUACCCCUGAAGGAUGAAGGUCUCCCCUUGGUCCAGGGAUCUGCGUCUGAGGCCAGCCCUGAGCCCCAGUCAGCAGAAGAUCUGACAGCAUCCUUACCCCUGAAGGAUGAAGGUCUCCCCUUAGUCCAGGGAUCUGCCUCCGAGGCCAGCCCUGAGCCCCAGUCAGAAGAAGAUCUGACAGCAUCCUUACCCCUGAAGAAUGAAUGUCUCCCCUUGGUCCAGGGAUCUGCCUCUGAGGCCUGCCCUGAGCCCCAGUCAGAAGAAGAAGAUCUGACAGCAUCCUUACCCCUGGAGGAUGAAUGUCUCCCCUUGGUCCAGGGAUCUGCCUCCAAGGCCAGCCCUGAGCCCCAGUCAGAAGAUCUAACAGCAUCCUCACCCCUGCAGGAUGAAUGUCUCCCCUUGGUCCAGGGAUCUGCCUCCAAGGCCAGCCCUGAGCCCCAGUCAGAAGAUUUAACAGCAUCCUCACCCCUGCAGGAUGCAGGUCUCCCUUUGACCCAGGGAUCUGCCUCCGAGGCCAGCCCUGAGCCCCAAUCAGAAGAUCUAACAGCAUCCUCACCUCUGCAGGAUGCAGCUCUCCGUUUGGUCCAGGGAUCUGUCUUCGAGGCCAGCCCUGAGCCCCACUCAGAAGAGGACCUGACAGCUUCUCCACCCCUGCAGGACACAGGUCUCCCCCUGGUCCAGGGAUCUGCUUCUGAGGCCAGCCCUGAGCCCCAGUCAGAAGAAGAGGAGCUGACAGCCUCCCCACCCUUACAGGAUGCAGGUCUCCCCUUGGUCCAUGGAUCUGCCUCCGAGGCCAGCCCUGAGCUCCAGUCAGAAGAAGUGACAGCAUCCCCACCCCUGCAGGAUGCAGGUCUCCCCUUGGUCCAAGGAUCUGCUUCUGAGGCCAGCCCUGACCACCAGUCCGAUCUGAAAGCAUCCUUGCCCCUGCAGGAUGCAGGACUUCCCUUGGUCCAUGGAUCUGCCUCUGAGGCCAGCCCUGAGCCCCAGUCAGAAGAAGUGACAGCAUCCUCACCCCUGCAGGACGCAGAUCUCCACUUGGUCCAGGGAUCUGCCUCCAAGGCCAGCCCUGAGCCCCAGUCAGAAGAGGAGCUGACAGCCUCCCCACCCCUGCAGGACACAGGUCUCCCCUUGGUCCAUGGAUCUGCCUCCGAGGCCAGCCCUGAGCUCCAGUCAGAAGAAGUGACAGCAUCCCCACCCCUGCAGGUUGCAGGUCUCCCCUUGGUCCAGGGAUCUGCCUCCGAUGCUACUUCAGAGCCCCAGUCAGAAGAGCUGACAGCAUCCUCGCACCUGCAGGACGCAGGUCUCCCCUUGGUCCAGGGAUCUGUUUCCGAGGCCAGCCCUGAGCCCCAGUCAGAAGAAGAGGAGCUGACAGCAUCCUCACACCUGCAGGACGCAGGUCUCCCCUUGGUCCAGGGAUCUGUUUCCGAGGCUAGCCCUGAGCCCCAGUCAGAAGAAGAGCUGACAGCACCCUCACACCUGCAGGACGCAGGUCUCCCCUUGGUCCAGGGAUCUGUUUCCAAGGCCAGCCCUGAGCCCCAGUCAGAAGAAGAGGAGCUGACGGCCUCCCCAUCCCUGCAGGACGCAGGACUCCCCUUGGUCCAGGGAUCUGCAUCUGAGGUCAGCCCUGAGCCCCAGUCAGAAGAAGAGGACCUGACAGCCUCCCCACCCCUGCAGGAUACAGGUCUCCCCUUGGUCCAGGGAUCUGCCUCCGAUGCCAGCUCAGAGCCCCAGUCCGAAGAAGAGGAGCUGACAGCCUCCCCGCCCCUGCAGGAUGCAGGUCUCCCCUUGGUCCUGGGAUCUGUUUCUGAGGCCAGCUCAGAGCCCCACUCAGAAGAAGAGGAGCUGACAGCCUCCCUGCCCCUGCAGGACACAGGUCUCCCCUUGGUCCAGGGAUCUGCCUCCGAUGCCAGUUCAGAGCCCCACUCAGAAGAAGAGCUGACAGCCUCCCCCCCGCUGCAGGACGCAGGUCUCCCCGUGGUCCAGGGAUCUGUUUCUGAGGCCAGCCUGGAGCCCCACUCAGAAGAGGAGCUGACAGCCUCCCCGCCCCUGCAGGACGCAGGUCUCCCCUUGGUCCAGGGAUCUGCCUCCGAUGCCAGCUCAGAGCCCCAGUCCGAAGAGGAGGAGCUUACAGCCUCCCCAACUCUGCAGGAUGCAGGUCUCCCCUUGGUCCAGGAAUCUGCCUCCGAUGCCAGUUCAGAGCCCCACUCAGAAGAGGAGCUGACAGCCUCCCUGCCCCUGCAGGACGCAGGUCUCCCCUUGGCCCAGGGAUCUGCCUCCGAUGCCAGCUCAGAGCCCCAGUCCGAAGAGGAGGAGCUUACAGCCUCCCCAACUCUGCAGGAUGCAGGUCUCCCCUUGGUCCAGGAAUCUGCCUCCGAUGCCAGUUCAGAGCCCCACUCAGAAGAGGAGCUGACAGCCUCCCUGCCCCUGCAGGAUGCAGGUCUCCCCUUGGUCCAGGGAUCUGCCUCUGAUGCCAGUUCAGAGCCCCACUCAGAAGAAGAGGAGCUGACAGCCUCCCCGCCCCUGCAGGAUGCAGGUCUGCCCUUGGUCCAGGGAUCUGUUUCUGAGGCCAGCUCAGAGCCCCACUCAGAAGAGGAUCUGACAGCCUCCCCGCCCCUGCAGGACGCAGGUCUCCCCUUGGUCCAGGGAUCUGCCUCCGAUGCCAGCUCAGAGCCCCAGUCAGAAGAAGAUCUCACAGCCUGCCCAACUCUGCAGGACACAGGUCUCCCUUUGGUCCAGGGAUCAGCCUCCAAGGUCAGGCCGGAGCCCCAGUCAGAAGAUCUCACAGCCUCCCCAACCCUGCAGGACGCAGGUCUCCCCUUGGUCCAGGGAUCUGCCUCUGAUGCCAGCUCAGAGCCCCAGUCAGAAGAUCUCACAGCCUGCCCAACUCUGCAGGACACAGGUCUCCCUUUGGUCCAGGGAUCAGCCUCCAAGGUCAGGCCGGAGCCCCAGUCAGAAGAUCUCACAGCCUUCCCGCCCCUGCAGGAAGCAGGUCUCCCCUCCAGUCAAGUAUCUGCCACCAGUGCGAGCCCUCAGGCCCCGAUGACUGACACAAGCUGUAUCCAAGAGACAGAGCCCACAGCCACUGCAGCCCAUAGGAAAGGAAGAAAGACCCUGGGACUGAGGCCAGCACCUGAGGAAAGAGACCCAGACCACACUCGAGGAUCAGACUUUCUGGCCUUGGAUCAGAUACAUCUGGGUGGCCCAGACCUACCUGCAGAUGCUCGGACACCCUUGGAGGGAGAUGCAGGCCCCUCCAAGCCUGCCACAGAUGUCCCAGACACACCUGAGCCUUUCACAGCCACCCAAGGUCCCCCAAAGCCUGACUCCAGUGGGGAGGAAGUAGCCAAGGGCAUUUUGGCACCUGAGCAGGAAGCCUGUCAUGAUGUUUGUGCACAUGGGGGUGAUGGAGCUGAGUCCAGCUCACCCCCAAAGGAGGCCCUGGGGGCUGAGCACCAGGGCCAUGAGGCCCUAAAGCCAGUGGUUCAUGGCCCAGGGGUGUGUCCUACUGCCAGCCUGGAAGUUGGCCAGUUGGGGCCCCCAAGCCCAGUGGAGGAAGGAAGGGCUACUCUUGGGCACAGGCUUCCCAUGGCUGUGGGCUCAGAGGUUGGGCUGAGCUCCUGCUCAGAGUCUCCUUCAAAAGCUGUGCCCAGGCUGGGAGGGCACUGUGCCAAAGAUCCUGCCCCAACAUCUCCACUGCCCUUGAGGCAGCCAAAGCCUGUGCUGGGCCCAGGCAGGGGAGAGCAGGCCCAGGCAGCACUUGGAGCCCUUGGAGCCCUUGGCCCCUCCCCACUGCAGCCUCCAGAAAGCCCCAUAGGGGGCCUUCCCAGUGCACCCCAAGACAGGAUCCAGGGCCCUGAGCCCCCUGCUCCUGAUGUCCUCAUGGAGGCAGUCCCAAGCCCCCUGGCAUCCCCUGCUCCCUGCCCUUGCCGGGGACCCCGGGAAGACUUGGUGGAGGGCGCGGAGCCCCUGGGCUCUCCGAGCCACCCACCACCUCGGCCAAGAACCCAGCGGGCGGUGGCUGCUUCCUCAGGGAUCACAAACCCCCCUGGGGCUGGGCAGGUCAGCCUCCCACCCCACCCCACCCUCCUCAGCCCCAAGGCAGCCCCCAAGAGGGGUACCCAUGCCAAAGACCCAGCCUCGAGGCUCUCGCCCCCUCGCCAAGUGCCUCCUGGCUCUGGGCCCCGGAGCCCAGCCGGCCCUCGAGGGCUCCCAGCCACCGAGCAGCAGGAUGACGGCGACAGUUUGGAGGAAGACUCGCCCCGCGCUCUGGGCUCUGGCCAGCACUCGGACAGCCACGGGGAGUCGUCAGCCGAGCUGGAGGAGCAGGACCUCCCAGGACCACAGACCGCACAGUGCCCAGCCCAGGCCCCAGCCGGCAGUGGGAGCGAGGAGACAGUCGCCAAAGCCAAGCAGAGUCGCAGUGAGAAGAAGGCCCGAAAGGCGAUGUCCAAGCUGGGCUUACGACAGAUCCAGGGGGUCACCAGGAUCACCAUCCAGAAGUCCAAGAACAUCCUCUUUGUCAUUGCCAAGCCCGAUGUCUUUAAGAGCCCAGCCUCAGACACCUACGUGGUCUUCGGCGAGGCCAAGAUCGAGGACCUGUCGCAGCAGGUGCACAGAGCUGCGGCUGAGAAGUUCAAAGUGCCCUCGGAGCCCUCCGCCCUGGUGCCUGAGUCAGCACCUGGGCCGAGGGUGAGACCCGAGUGCGAGGAGGAGGAGGAGGAGGAAGAGGAGGAGGAGGUGGAUGAGGCAGGACUGGAGCUGCGGGACAUAGAGCUGGUGAUGGCGCAGGCCAACGUGUCAAGGGCCAAGGCCGUGCGGGCCCUGAGGGACAACCAGAGUGACAUCGUCAACGCCAUCAUGGAGCUGACCAUGUAG